AUGGCAUCCAAACUGAUUGACUCGUGGUGGUUCGGCGAUAGACCCCGCGACAUACCCUUCUGGCUGCGCGAUACCUAUCCAGUACUGAGGGACCCUUCCGGCAUCGAGGUCGUGUCGAGCAUGGAAGAACUGACCGAUCAUCAUCAAAAGAACGAUCGACCAGGCGACUCGGCCAUUUGGGCAUUCCAGAUCGAACAGUACAUCGCCCGCAAGUCGGGUCUAUCACAGCCAAGCCCAAAGGCGGUGACUGUUGCCUCCGCUGAUGCAUACCGCCCAACAAUGCGAAAUGAGGCACGAGUCUUCGAACUACUUCCGGCAGUAUCGCAAGAAGAGCUUCGCGGCCGACUGCACUACGUCAAUCUGGAUUUCGAACAUGGUAGCCUUGAUCUGGACCUCGUGGAAUUCGUUGGUGGAGAUCCUAAAUUUAGGCCUACCAGCGGUGUCUACCGGCCUCAGAUUGGGCGCAGGGCGGAUUUUGGCGUCUCCAUGCAGUUGUUGAAGAAGAUCUCGUACACUGCGGUCAGCUAUGUCUGGGGAUCGGGAGAGUUUUUGCACGUGGUCAAGCUGCCUAGUCAUGACCUGGCAGUCACUGCGACGGUCGAUACUAUCCUAAAGCGCUUGCGUGGAGAAACGAGUUCCGUCUUCCUGUGGAUUGACCAGAUUUGUAUCGAUCAACGAAGUCUGGACGAUAAAACUGCCCAGGUGCAGCUCAUGGGCACCAUCUACAAGAAAGCGAGGAAUACCGUCGCAUGGCUUGGAGACGAACCUGAUAAUGGGGCGCUCAGAGCUCUUCAAGGCUUGUACGAAGCCACGAUGGGCCGUGAUGAAGAUCUGCUUGAGGAUGAGCUGGAAUAUCUUCGACACCCGCUGAACGAAGAAGCAGACACCUUCGAAAGCCUCCUAAAGCUUUCCAAUCGAGCGUGGUUUCAGAGGACGUGGAUCGUGCAGGAGGCGAUCUUGUCACAUUCCCUAUUCCUUAUGAUUGGAUCUGAGACUGUCCUUUGGGAUGAUUUCGGCGGGCAGUGCGCGAGUGUUGACCAUCUCGACUUGUUUGAAGAUUCGAAUGCACAUGUUGGAAGUGGUGUCCGGGCCAUACGCAACCCCGGACUGAAGAUCGCCGCUGAAAUGAGGCCUGCCAGAGACAUGUGCUUUGGACUUAAUGGGAGCGAGUCACUGCUGAACUGGCUUAUGAGGACCUCUUCUAUCAGGUCACAGCAGCCGCUAUUAAGGAAGUUCAAGCUACGAUUGCGAGGCCAUGAUCUGACGCGGAUACUGGACGCCGUGGAUCAUGACCCUGAGCUAAGCCAUCUGCCUUCGUGGGUCGUGGAUUGGUCUCUCCCAAGGCGGACUAUCUCUUUGGCACCCACGAGUUCUGUGUUGUCAAUUUACAAAGCUGGAGGGGACUUGAACAUAAAGACAGCAUUCCACACACCCGACGAACAGGGUCGUCUGGGACUCAGAGUGGCCUUCUUCGACACCAUCGUUGAUCUAUCCUCUCCCGUCACGGAUGCGUCAUUGACGAAUCAAGAUCCCAUGAAUCACAAUACCGGCUUGAAAGAAGCAAUCUUAUUCGUCAAUGAACAAGAUACCUCACAUGUCAACAACUUCUUCGACAUCUUCUGCACAACGCUAGUAGCAGGCAAAGACCGCUCCGGCAUGCAAAAGCUCCCCAAAGAAUACAUCGAGAUCCUCAGCCUGCUCUGCGACGAAACCACAGGCCGCAAACCCUCACUUCCACAACAAAUCUACACCCCCCGGCAAUCAAAAGGCUACUUCACCCUCUCGAGCCUGAGCAAACGACAGCCCGGCCGCACGUUCCAGAAUCUGAAGCGGGCGUUUCGGAAUGCGAUGCUCAACAGGCGGUUAUGUUGGACUUCAAGGAGCCAUUUGGGACUGGUGCCGAGGUUCGCUCGGGGAGGGGAUGAGGUUUGGGUUGUGCCUGGGCUUGCGGUGCCUUUUGUGGUGCGGAGGCGUGGGGAGGGGCGGUUUGUGCUUAUUGGGGUGGCUUAUGUUUGCCUUUAUGAUCGCGACACAGUUCCAGCCAAGGCCUCUACCCGCGCAGCCCACAAUGUCAAGCAAAUUGGCACGCUUGCUUCCGGCGAUUCGUUCAAUCCCGGCGAUGCCUUGCACGCACUCUCAGCUGAGGUGAAUUCUUUCGGCGACAAACACCGCAUUGGCAAGGCCUCGCCGAUACCUGGUACUUGUCCACCCUCAAAGUUUACGGAGCAGUUCCAUACGAUAUGUUGUUCGAUGAUAUACCAGAUGGUAUUACAACGGAGUCGAAGCUGGCAUGUCCGACGGUGCAUCGACUUUCAGAAGACGUGGAUCGGAAUAUCGGCGACUUUCGGAGAGCGGUGUGGGAGUACACACUACGGCUCUUGA